CUACCAUAAGACCUUGGCGUGUGUUGUUUCUAGGCCGGAUCUCUGCCACUUGAAUGCAAGAGAAGAGCUGGAAUUGCAUGAAUCCAGAGGAGCACAGAGAAGCAGGGAUCCUCUUGGAUCCUCUGACAAAGUUUGUCUGCCACAAAGUUUCACUGGCACCUUUUCAUUUCUCAGAAUCAUUGCUGCGGGGCUAUACCACCACACCAGUUUUUGAAAAAGCAACUUUAGCAAUGAAGGGUGCCUUGAGCAGGAAGAAGCGGGGCGCCCCCAGCCGGGCGGCCGAUAAGCACGAGCUGUCUCUCGGAGAUGAGCUGACGCUAGACCCGGAUGAGAGGAGCAGAGCGGGGUCAAAGAGACCGUCCAAAAUGCGGAAACGACAGGAGGGUGGCGACUUUGUUGAGGAGAAAACGACGCAGAGGAUCCUGCAGGAGGCGCGCAAGCAGCAGGAGGAGAUGGAUCAGGAACGUGAUGAAGAGAUUGGGGUAGCUGCCACACGACGAGCGUUUGGGGCAGUAGAGACGAGCCGGCUGGAUAGCGAUACCGAUGAGGAGGACGAGCACCGGGAGGGCUUGUUCUCAGACACGGAAAGCCAGUACGAGGAAGCGGUGGAAGUAACGGACGAGGACGAGCGCGCCCUCGCUGCAUUCAUGAGCGCAGGGGCAGCCCCGCACCGCACGCUUGCGGACAUCAUCAUGGAAAAGAUCCAGGAGAAGGGGCAAGAGCGAGGCCUUGUGGUGGAUCAAACGGAGGAGGAAGAGGCAGGGCCCCGGAUACCGGGGCUGGAUCCAAAGGUGGUCGAGGUGUAUACGGGAGUGGGGAAACUGCUUAGCCGGUAUCGGUCUGGAAAGGUGCCCAAAGCGCUGAAAAUCGUACCCAACUUGGCCAAUUGGGAGGAGAUACUGUACCUUACGGAGCCCGAGAAAUGGUCGCCGGGCGCAGUCUAUCAAGCGACCAGGCUCUUCGCCUCGAAUCUGAACGCGAAGAUGGCACAAAGGUUUUACUCCCUCGUCCUCCUCCCCCGGUUGCGCGACGACAUCGCCGAGCAUAAGAAGCUGCACUUCGCCCUUUAUCAGGCGCUAAAAAAGGCUGUUUACAAGCCGGCCGCCUUCUACAAAGGCAUUCUGCUGCCGCUGUGCGCUUCCGGCACGUGUACGUUGCGGGAAGCGGUCAUCGUCGGAAGCGUGCUGCAAAAGGUGUCGAUACCCGUGCUGCACUCGAGCGUGGCGCUUCUGAAGAUCGCACAGAUGCCUUACUCCGGGACGAACAGUUACUUUUUGCGGUUGCUGCUGGACAAGAAGUACGCUCUCCCGUACCGGGUCCUGGACGCGCUGGUGGCCCACUUCGUUAACUUCCAGGCCGACGACCGGCAGCUGCCCGUCGUGUGGCACCAAGCUCUGCUGUGCUUCGUGCAACGGUACAAGAACGACUUGGACGAGGGCGACAAGCAGCAGCUGAGGCGGCUGAUGCAGAAGCACAGCCAUUACCAGGUCACACCAGAGAUCCACCGGGAACUCGCCAACAGCAGCUCGCGUGGGCAGAAGCUCCCGGGGGGUGCCCCCCGGGCUGCGGUGUCUCAGGUUCCAAUCUCCAAGGAGGUGAAAAUGCAGGAGGACUUUAGGGACCUACCGGACGUUCACGUCAUGGACGAGGACUAUUAGGCGUCGAAGAGUGAACAGUUAUCCGACAGCGUUUGCAUGGGAAUGACGUCAGUACGCCUACAGAGAUAGUGGCAUCUCCCCAGUGGGUCUGAGGACGAGCAUGUGCAGCUAACAUUGCCGCAAGCCGUGCGGUGUGCAUUGCCUGCGAGAUCUUUUGAAGGCUAUCAUCUUGUAUACAAACCAGUGCAGUGAGACUGAGCCACGCAUGCAUUGUUGUGACGGGAGCGUGGGUAAAACGUACCCCAAUACACUCGGUGAUACGCUGACGGC